CCUUAAUAUUAGGAAACAAAUCAACGUUAAAACUAUAUCUCCUAAUAUUACUCUAACACUAUUGCUUGCUCGUGUAUCACGCUAUUUAUUUAAAAAUUCAAUCUACUAAAUUAAUUCAGGACUGCCAGAUUUUUCAGUUCAUCACUUCAUUGAAAUCUUUAUAACUUAUUGAUUGAUACCAGUAAUAAUUCAAUGCAUCAAUAAAAAUAGCUAAGAAUUCUCUUAACUCUUCAAAAAGAAAAAAAAAAACCUGAUACAGAUACUUAACAUGAUACUUUCGUGCCAAAACUUGCAACUAAAAUCAUCACAUCAAGUAUUUUCGAUCUCAACCCCAGAAAUCAAAAGAAGAACAUUACUGAAAUUCGUAAUUAGCUCCAAUUUGAAAUUGGGUAGUGAAAAUAAGAUCAAAGAAACCUUCUUUAUUUCUCAUGGAACUCGUACUAUGGCACUUGAUGAUACAAAGCCUUCUAGAAAAUUCCUUGAAAGUUGGAGAGAGAAAAUCUUCACUAAGAAACCCAAGGCUAUUCUCGUCAUUUCUGCUCACUGGGAAACUGACCAACCUUCUGUUAAUGUUGUGGACAUUAAUGAUGCCUUUUGUGAUUUCAGAGGCUUUCCUCAGUUUAAGUACUCGGCUCCUGGAUCUCCAGAACUGGCAAACAGGAUACAAGAUCUUCUCACAGCAUCUGGCUUUAAAUCUGUGAACACUGACAAGAAACGAGGGCUUGAUCACGGCGCAUGGGUGCCUCUAAUGCUCAUGUAUUCUGAAGCUGACAUCCCUGUUUGUCAGCUCUCUGUCCAAUCGCAUUUGGAUGGAACACACCACUAUAAGUUGGGACAAGCGUUGGCUUCUCUUAAGGAUGAAGGUGUCCUCAUCAUUGGUUCUGGAAGUGCAACACACCCUGCGAAUAUUACCCCUCCUUGUUCUGAUGGAGUUGCUCCGUGGGCUGCAGCUUUUGAUCACUGGCUUGAAACAGCUCUAACAAAUGGAAGGUAUGAAGAAGUGAAUAAAUAUGAAACGAAAGCGCCAAAUUGGAAAUUGGCUCAUCCGUGGCCUGAGCACUUCUAUCCACUGCAUGUAGCCAUGGGUACUGCUGGUGAAAAUUCGAAGGCAGAACUCAUUCAUAAAAGUUGGGAUGGUGGUAUCAUGUCGUAUGGCUCCUAUAAGUUCACUUCCACCUAAAUAUCACCAUUGUAUACUUGUUUAUCUGUUUGUACCAUCUCUUUAGUUCAUUGGUCUUCUCUUCAAGGAUGAAUAAAUCAGAUGGAUUAUGCAGUAUAUAUAUUUCUGCACUCAUGUAGUUAUUGCUAAUUAUUACAUUUUCAAGCCUUUUAUCCUAUAGUAGUUUCUGCUUA